AUGUCGUCUCAGCAACGCAGAUCUCGCGCUUGUAAUGAGUGCCGGCGUCGUAAGGUCCGCUGUCCCGGCCAUCAACCCUGCCAUCGAUGCGAGAAACAGGGCUUACCAUGCACCUACCAAAAUGCCCUUACCGCUGCUGCUAGUCGUUCACGUCUUGGAGCCGCCGCCCGAGGCACCAGGAUCGCGUCAUCUCGAGAACCGUCCCAAGAGAAGCCUUCUACAUCAACAUCACAAUCGCCCACGCUGUUUCCUCCUGUCCUGAGAAGUAGUUCUCUCGGAGCGUCUGAAUUUUCAGUACCCUUGGAACCCGAGGCCUUCAACAGCAUGAUCCUUGAGUUCAUGGAUUAUAUGUACCCCGUGUGUCCCAUCCUGGAAGAGGAUGAGCUUCGUGCCAACAUCCGCCAGAUGCAUGUUGACAAUGAUGCGGCGGCAUUGGUCUAUGCAUUUUCCGGCAUGGGAUUCUUCAUUAGGCAGUUGUCCAAGCCAUGGCAGCCUGACUGCUACAGACAGACAGCAGAGAUGGUGGCCCUCGCUCUCGACCACCAUCGCCCUCUCAGGUUUGGUUCUGAACCAAAGUUGAACCGGAUCAUUGGCUGUAUAUUUAUACAGAUGUGCCUACUAGUCACCCGCCGGCUAGACAUGGCAUUCUUCUACCUUCGAGAGGCCAUUUCCCUUAUGCUCAUGCGUAGUCUUGACGACUUUCUGGGAGAGCGGGAGGUCAAUCCUCUUGAACGGGGACACCGCGAGCGUAUUUACUGGGUGUGCUUCAUUCAUGAACGAGUCCUGGCACUUGAAGGUUCAACGACCGUUUGUCUCGACCCCUUACCGUCCCUGCCAGAUGUGGCAGACGCAGCUCAAGACUCUGUUGAGCGGGGCUUCAAUCACAUAAUCGAGACUUAUGCCGUUGUCGACAAAGACUUUGUCAGAUUCUGGACAGGGGACCGGUCUUUGAUGACAGCCAAAUGGAUCCAGGCCAAACACGAGCAGUUAGCUGGCCCGUCUGGGGAGCUCGAAAUUACCAUGCUUCUUCCUAUACAGCAAGUUGACUUGAUCAUCUCGCGUCAGUGGCUACGAACUGUAACCUGGCAGAUGGCAAUGUCUAAAAUGCUGCUAUCCUCCCAAACCGGUCAGCCUGAGGGCCUUUCGCUGUUCAUGCCCCUACGACUCUCAAAGCAGCUCAAAGUAUGCCUAGCCGCACUGUCCCAUCACAGCAUUGCAGUUUACAAUGUUGGACUCGUCCCCAAACUUUUUGAGAUCACCACCACUGUUGCCGAUCUGGUCUUGGCGUUGCCACCGAGAGACUGCGCCGAAGAAAUCCGAUCGAGGAUACAAGAUCUCUUACUCACGAAGCAGUUCUUGUUGGGCCUCGUUCAUGUUAAGCCAAACAAUCGCAAAAUCCUCCAGGAAAAGAUGGGUGAUAUUAUCAAUCGCCUCUACGGUGACUCAAGGCUAGCUUGA